UUCGGACCACUGUAUGCGAAAGUGCCAAACAAAACCUACUUUACCAAAAAUUUCCAAAAAAGAACGCGUUUUUCUCCUCUUUUUUUGCUUUUCUUCACACACCCAAGAUUCAAGAAAUCAAUUGUAAGAAAUUGAUUCUCUCCGAAAACCAAGCAAGAGAAAAUAAAGGAAAAGAGGAGAAACCGAAUCACAGUGACCCGGUUAUGAAGGAAAAGCAACCCAUUCCGAUCCCGCCGCCGCCGCCGCCAAACGGCGUCGUUUCUGAGCGGACGGCGGAGCCCACGCUCCCCGACGAUCUAAUCGUCGACAUCCUGUUAAGGCUGCCGGUAAAAUCCCUGGGUAAGUUCAAAUGCGUUUCGAAGCAAUGGCGUCGCUUAAUCACAGACCCACGUUUCAAUUCUCUGCACAGAGAGCUCUGCUCGAAGAACCCUAGCAUUCUCAUGGUGAAAAAGUACCCCCUUUUACGGGAACCCCACAUGAGAAAAUGCACCACCGUCGAUCUCUGCGCCUUUAAUUUUAAUGGGUUUCGAAAAAAUCUCGAAUUCUCGCUGUAUUUAGACGACGACGAGAAGAACAUCGAAAUGCUGCCAUCGAAGCGGGGCCUCGUUUGCUUCGUGAGCGAGAGUGGGUUCUACGCGUGCAACCCUAGCACUCAGAUCACGACGAAAUUGCCCGAGGCGAGCUGCUGCACCUCGGGCGAGGUGAACGCCGGGAUGGGGUACGUGGCGGAGACCGACGAGUACGUGCUCGUGCAUUUGUUCGAUCGGAGUUUGGAUAUCCACGUGGAUUACGACAUCGGUUGCGAGGUGUUGAGGUUACGCGAUGGCGAGGAUUGCUCUUGGAAAGUGGUCGACGCGAAUUGCCCCUUUGUCGUUCGGGGGUGGGGCGUUUUGGUAAAUAACGUUUUCUAUUGGAUGAUUUGGGACGAGUAUAAUGAAUUAGGCGAUGAGGCGAUUGUAUCGUUCGAUCUUGAAAAGGAGGAGUUUGGGAUUGUGGCUCCGCCCGAGGGGUGCUUCGAUCCGCAUGGCGCGUGGUCGUUGGUCGAAUUGGGUGGGAGGUUGUGCUUGGUGGAUAACGCGGCUCGGCCAUCGACUAUGGAUAUUUGGGUGUUGACCGAUUCGGAGAGCCGGGGUUGGGUUAAGGAAUAUAGUAUUCAUAUGAGCGCGUAUAGUAACGAUAUGUUGAGCUUUAUUGCUCCGUUGGAUUAUUGGAACGGGAAAAUUGUGAUGGAUGUGAAGCAAGAAAGUCUCGAUUUUUACGAUGUGGAGGAGAAGAAAAUCGAGAGGAUGGAUCAUUUGAUAUCGGGGGAGUGGAAUUGGCUAAGGACUUACACCGAGAGCUUCUUUUCGUUCGGAAGCAAAUAGUUACGGUGAUUCUUGAUUGAUGCCGGCUUUUUUUUAUGGCACUUCGUCUCUUAUCUAUGAUCGUUGUUAUAUUAAGAUAUACUGUUAAAUGUUUCGUCUGGUUGGCAAAAUUCAAUUAAAUUCGAACUUUAGUUUACGGAUGCUUGUUAUUUUAAAAAAAGCUUUUCCUUAGACGAACGUUUUUGCGGUCUUUGGAAAGCUUUGAUCUUGCGAUUGAUGUGUGAUUAGGUGGGCUUGUGAAAUUUGUGACAUUGAUCAGAAAUAUUGUAUUUGAAUUGGAUUGGUAUAAAUUUCUGUUCUCUUUCAGA